AUGAAAGACAUUGCUAUAAAUGAAGAGACGUGCAAGAACAGCCUCAGCGAGUUCGCGCCUGAUGUCGUACUGGCUGAUUUCGGACUUGCAAAAGGAAACCAAGCAUCGACGUUGAAAACAUAUUGCGGAACGCCGGCAUACAUGGCUCCUGAGAUGAUCGAUAGCGACCGACUGCCAUACAAUCCGAAAGUGGACAUGUGGAGUCUUGGUGUUGUUUUGUUCACUGGUAUUUGCGGCUAUCCUCCUUUCAGUGACGAUUACACUGAUAUGGACCUGAAAUCCCAGAUAAAAACAGGUAAAGUGUUAUCAUAUGAACCUGUCGGCUCGCUGACUGACUGGCUCGCCGGCUGA